GUACAAUCUAUAUAAAGCGACGUAUUCGUCGCUAUUUAUUUUAUAGAGAUCAAGCCUUCAACUACCUCACGGAACGAUCAACUUGCUUCGAAGUGAACAUUACCCAACGGACACUUUAAGGCAAUCCACUCACAAGCACGGAGGUGAUUGACAACAACCCAACAGCCACAAUGAAACCGACUCAGAUCAUCCCUGCGAUAACAUUCUCGACGCUCGUAGCGUCCGUCUCCGCACGAGCGGUUUUUAACGCCAACUACGAAGACGGCAGCGUGAGCUCCGGAUACCCGACGACAGGCUCCUACCGAGUCGACGUUCCUGGCAUCGAACCAGGCUCCGCCACGGCUAAGGACGCUUUCUACGUAGUGGCCGGUGGCGCCCACGACACUGCUUUUGCCAUCGCGAACAAGGUGGUUUUAGAUGACCUGACGUAUGUCGGCAACGGUUUCCCUCGUAGUGAAUUCGGAAUCGGUGGCUUCCCAGGGGCCAUCUAUAAGGACGGCGACCACGGCAAAUACAGCUUCAGCAUGCUGUUCAAGGAUCUCGUGCCUUCCGUGAAGGGAACACGCGAUGCGCCUGCAGAGGACGUGGUUUGGCAGUUCAAACAUCACGGCGGCGGACACGAUCUUCAUCUCGCGCUUAUAGGUAAGAAUCUCGCGCUGGGCUGGGGCGGGAAUGUCUAUAAGCAAGUGGUCAUCAACGAUGUCAUGCCGUAUGUAAACCAAUGGAUGGAUUUUCGCUUCGACGUACUGUGGAAGAGCGACAAAACAGGCCAGUUCACUUUCGACAUGAAAUUGCCCGGAGAAUGCAGGUUUGGGCAUACCGUCACUAAGAAGAAUCUUCAAACUUAUGUGACCGCGAGUCCCGAUGGCACGCCGUGGACAGGCAACGGCUCGAUCCAGUAUGGCGUGUAUCGCCAUUCGGCCAAUUCUACAGCUGGCGACGCGAAGACGCUCAUCGUCUACCACGAUGAAAUCACGGCGAUUAACUUCAACAACAAGCCGGACCCUUUCAACUAGGGCAUGCAUGGCUGGAAGGGAUCAAGGUGCUCUCGAACGAAAGCUUGCACUUCGCUCACUACGGCCAGCUAAAGAUUUACCUAGGUGAAGUGUGAAGUGGCAGCGAUUCGAGAUUCUUCAGGCCACAGCUUAGAGCACCGCGCCCUUGGAAGCUGGCGACUCGGUUACAUGGAAGGACUGGCGAAUGUAUGGCAG